AUGACAGGCUUUACAGGUUUCAGUGCACCUACAUCUUCCAGCUUUGGAAUGAAAACUCAAACAACUGCUAGUCCAUUUGGCUAUGGCAUCACAACAUCAUCUGUAGCUCUAUCAUUUGGAUUUGGUUCUACUACAGCUUCAGGUAGUCAAGCUUCUUAUUUUGGUUUUGGAGCCACUACUACUACAGCCCCAACUUUUGGAUUUGGUGCAGCUGCUGCAGCUCCAUCAUCACAAUUAAUAUUUUCUGGUUUUGGGCAAUCACAACCUACUGCAUCAGUUGCUACUUCAUUUGGAGGGUUUGGUUCAUCAUUUGGAGCGAAUUUUACUACUCCUUUUGGUCAAGGUAAUACUACUCAACAACAACAACAACAACAACAACAACAACACCAGCAUCAACAACCCUUACCUAAUUCUAAUGAUUUAGUAUUUAAUUCAAUUGUAAAUUGUAAAUUAUUUGGAGAUGAAAGAGAUCAGGUUAUUUGUAAACUUAACUUCUUGCAAGCUUGUUGGGGUACUGGAAAAGGAUUUUAUGAAUUGAAUAUGCCACCUGUUGAGUAUACUCCACAAAACCCGCUCUACCGUUUUAAAGCUAUUACAUACAGUGUGAAACCAACAUCAUCAAGUAAAGAUGCACUUGUGGCAAUUAAUAUUAAUAAAAAAAGGGAUGAAAUAAGGAAACAUGAAGUACAGUUCACAUCUUAUUUAUUUGCGGUAUUGGGAAGUAAACCAUAUUUAAGUGUACAUUUAGAUACAUUAAAAUCUUACACAGAAACUAAAUCAAUGGCUUUAAUAUAUGUCGAAGAAAAACUUCAAAACGGAAGUACAAAACGAAUAUCUAAUAUUGAUAUAAUUAACUAUCUAAUGCAACCAGCUCCCAAGCAACAAUUAUCAAGUAUAGGCGUCGAAAAUUUAUUUCCAUAUACUGGUUUUACUGAAGAAAAUCUACGCAAAUAUUAUGAAAACCCACCAGCUGGAUUUGAUUUACGAGUGUGGAAACAAUCUCAAGCAGAUAAUCCAAAUCCAGCAGUAUUCAUACCAGUGCCGAUUGUUGGUUUUUCAGAGUUAUGUUGGAAGUAUAAAUGUCAUAAUGAACAAGUUACAGUACAUAAGUUAACACUUAACAGCAUUGCAGACAGAGUAUCAGAAUUAGCUAGGAAAAAAACAAGAGUGGAAUCUAAGCUGGAACAAUAUACAGAUAAAAUGGAUCAAUUAACACACAGGAUUGUUAAAGUAUUAGUAGGUCAAAUGGCCAUAUUAAAUGAAGGAAUAGCUCUUAGACCCGAAGAAGAAACAAUAAAAAAUCAAUUAGAAAUUGUAUACAACAAUAUUAAUUCAUUAAGAUUCCAAGGAAAGUUAACCAAAAUUGCUACUCUUGUUCGAUUAAGAAAUUCAGAACUAUCAGAAGGCUCAAAAAGUAAUUCUGCUUGUAUUCCGCAAUUCUUAGAACUUCAACAAACAAUGAUAUCCGAAAUGCAGACAGUAGUCAAAGAAGAUUUCAAAGCUAUAAACUUCAUGAAAGAGUCAUUAAGAAAUAUAAGAUAG